UUUAGUUUUGCUUUGACCAACCGGCAGCAUUGUUUACCAGUAGCUUUUCUGCGUACGUGAACUAUUUUCAACUAAUUCGGGAACGAAAACGGAUUUAAAACCGGAAGCUAGAAUGUCCAAGGAAGCGGAAACCGCCCGUUCGGACAAGGAACUGGAUCUUUCGAACGCGGGUCGCGGUGUUUGGUUGGUGAAAGUUCCGAAAUACAUUGCCAACAAGUGGGAGAAAGCUCCGGGCAACAUCGAGGUAGGAAAGCUGAAGAUCUCCAAACAGGUCGGCCAAAAAGCCCAGGUCUCGUUGACCUUGUCGGAAGCGGUGAUCAACAUUGAUCCGGGUGAGGAGAUUCCCCGGGAGCACAAGCUGGACGUGUCGGUGGUGACCAAGCAAACGUUGGGCGUAUUUUCACACAGUGUCCCAUCGGGGACCAAGGAAGAUGGGGCCCCCGAGGGAGAAAAGCUGUUCAUGGAGGGACGUAUCGUGCAGCGGCUGGAGUGCCGUCCCCUGGGAGACAAUGCCUACAUGAAGAUGAAGCUGGAGUCGAUUCGGAAGGCUUCGCAACCGGCCCGGCAGGUCAAAUCGCUGGAGAAGAUUGUGCACAACUUCAAACCGGUUUCGGACCACAAACACAACAUCGAGGACAAGGAGCGGAAGAAGGCCGAGGGCAAGAAGUCCCGGGACGACAAGAACGCCGUGCUGGACAUGCUGUUCAAUGCGUUCGAGAAGCACCAGUACUACAACAUUAAGGAUCUGGUCAAGAUCACGAGGCAGCCCAUAAGCUAUCUGAAGGAAAUUCUGAAAGAGGUGUGUGACUACAAUAUGAAGAAUCCGCACAAGAACAUGUGGGAACUGAAGAAGGAAUAUCGGCACUACAAGGACGACGACAAGAAGGAGGAGAGUAAGGGCAUGUCCGAUAGUGACAGCGACUGACAAUAGUGAGGAAGGAAGGGUUUAUGGGGUUGGGAUUGAUCAAUUUAUUGUAUGUAAGGACUUAUCAAUGUUAGAUCGAUAGGAUCAGGAAUAAAUUUAAUUUGACAAUAUGGAAA